GAGCCACCGAGACGCGCGGGUACUCCUUUUCUUCCGUUCUUUCUUCUGAUGAUUUUGAUUUGUUUUCCUCGUCUAUUUCAGUUUUCGUUUUGGAUCUAUAUGUAGAUUUGAGAAGAGGGAGAUGGCUGGAAAAGGAGGAAAAGGCCUUUUGGCUGCGAAGACUACAGCAGCGAACAAGGACAAAGACAAGAAGAAGCCAGUUUCCAGGUCCUCGAGAGCUGGAUUGCAGUUUCCUGUUGGUCGAAUCCACCGUCAGCUCAAGUCAAGGAUUGCUGCAAAUGGACGUGUUGGGGCAACGGCAGCAGUGUAUUCUGCUGCAAUACUGGAGUAUUUGACUGCAGAAGUGUUGGAACUUGCUGGGAAUGCAAGCAAGGAUCUCAAGGUGAAGCGCAUAACUCCGCGACAUCUUCAGUUGGCCAUUCGUGGGGAUGAAGAGCUCGACACCCUCAUCAAGGGUACUAUUGCUGGUGGCGGUGUCAUUCCACACAUCCACAAGUCCCUCAUUAACAAGUCCACUAAGGAAUGAAAAAGAAAUCUUUGUCUGAAUGCUUUUAGGUAGUUGGUGUAGUUUGCGGUUGUUAUCUCAUCUAGUGCUUCUCUACAUUAUGUUAGUAGCUUUGGUCAAUAGAAUGUUUGCUUAGCUUUUCUAGUUGUAUUAAUGUGAAGUUUGAAACAUUCUGUUGUUACAAAUGAUUUCAUCAAGUGUUGUUGGUGUUAGUGUAGUACUCCUUAAGUCACAAAUUAUUUCA